CGCCGCCACUCGGGACUCCUUGCCGGACACUUGGGUGGCUGUCGCACCUUUGGGUCGCUGUGGAUGAAAGAUACAGAAAGAUACCCAUUGUCAGAGGAAAAGAAGGUAGCUGCCACUGAUAGGGCUGUCUAUUUGCUCUGAAGAAGGAGACCAUGCUGAAGCAUCUUUUUAAGAUACCUUCCAUUCUGGGCAUCAAAAAAGAUCAUCUAAUAUUAUCCUUGGUUUAAACAAGAAAGAUGAAUUUGAGGUGAUUGUUUGCUUGGUUCUGCUGCCCUGGAGUUACUGCAGAACAGACCCCUGGAAAGACACAGGAAAAUAGUCCUGUGUUGCAAUAGUCCUGUGUUUCACACCUGCAUAACCAUCUAAGAGAUGUCUCAUCUGAGCAAAGAUGAUAAGGCUCCUGAGAUGAUUUAAUCUGUGAUGGAAUGACAUCUGGGAAACUGCUGGAAUACUGCAGCAAAGGGCACCCAGUGUCUCUGCCCUCACUGAUCCACGUCACAGUCUGAAAUGAACCACACUUGGACGUAUAACCUGAGCUUUGGGGCACCUGCAGAUCCGUUUGAGCCAAGGGCUGGACUCUCACGAAGUGGGCACACAAUAGUGGCUGUUUUUCUUGGAUUAAUCUUGUUGUUUGGUUUCUUGAAUAACUUGAUUGUCCUCAUCCUCUUUUGCAAGUUUAAAACCCUUCGUAACCCAGUUAACAUGCUUCUCCUGAACAUCAGCAUCAGUGACAUGUUAGUGUGCAUCUCGGGCACUACCCUCAGCUUUGCAUCCAACAUCCGUGGCAAAUGGAUUGGAGGGGACCAUACUUGCAGGUGGUAUGGCUUUGUCAAUUCCUGCUUUGGCAUCGUGUCCCUGAUCUCGCUGGCGGUGCUGUCCUACGAGCGCUACAGCACUCUCACCCUGUGCCACAAGCGCAGCGACGAUUUCCGCAAGGCUCUGCUGGCAGUUGGUGGCUCUUGGAUUUAUUCCCUGGUCUGGACUGUGCCACCUCUGCUGGGCUGGAGCAGUUAUGGGGUAGAAGGUGCAGGCACGAGCUGCUCAGUGCGCUGGUCCUCAGAGUCAGCUGAGUCCACAUCCUACAUCGUCUGUCUCUUCAUCUUCUGCCUGGUGGUCCCUGUGAUGGUCAUGAUGUACUGCUACGGGCGCCUGCUUUACGCUGUCAAACAGGUUGGAAAAAUCCACAAGAAUGCUGCCCGCAAAAGAGAGUACCACGUGCUGUUCAUGGUGAUCACUGCAGUUAUCUGUUACCUGCUGUGCUGGAUUCCAUAUGGGGUUAUAGCAUUACUUGCAACAUUUGGCAAGCCAGGUAUUGUGACUCCAGUCACAAGCAUCAUACCUUCCAUCCUAGCAAAAAGCAGCACUGUUUGCAAUCCCAUUAUCUACAUACUUAUGAAUAAGCAGUUUUACAAAUGCUUUCGUCAGCUUUUCCACUGCCAGCCUCCUUCCUCCACCAAUGGAGAGCCCACCUACCAUUCCAAGGUAACUGUUAUCCAGCUGGAUCAGAGGGUGGAUGGUGGAAACGAGUGCAAUAAUGAACCACAUCCAGAAACAGACAGUAAAAUGACUUCUCUCCUGCGCCCAGAGCCAAUUUCAAAAGCUAUACCACCAACAUCUUAGGAAAACUCUCCAAUGGAAAGUACAAGCCUUAACCGAAGUGUGUUUUAUUUCACUGCCACAUUACCAAGUAAACUCUAAAAGUAAUAAAUGAAGUUGCCAUUUGUGGGAUUGGAAAACUGUCAAGAACAAAAAUUGUGACUCCUUAACAACAGAAAAAUAGCCACAUAACUCCAGGUAUGGUUCAGCCAUGACAAAAUUUGAAGCAGAAUCAUUGACUUUCCUGUAAAUGAGUUAAUGGAGGACUUAGAGGUGGUAGAGUUUUAGCUUCUAGUCCUCAGUGGUUCAGUGUCCUCCAGAACCAAUCUACAAGGCGUGCUGGGCUAUCUAGUUUAGGUCCUUAGCUUUCCUGCCUGGUUCCAUCCAGACCAUGUCUUGGGAUUUCAGUCUAGGUUGCUCAUAACCAACCUAACUUCUACUUACAUUUUUGCUCAUAUUGGAUGGUAAUGUUUGGCAGGAGGAAAGACAUAGCAGAAGUGACCUGGCAGACUAUUUUUUGAGUGGUAACAGCUAAGUUAUAGCUCAUUCUUCUGUUGAAAUCUGAAAGAUGAGCUACAACAACAGGUAGAGAUUAGCACAUGCAGAACUGUGCCUGUGCUGGAGGCUUUUCUGUCCUGCUGGAAUCAGGAGCACUCCUGAUACUUCCAGGACUUGUGUACAUGUCAAAUGUUCAAACCCCAGUCUGGGCAAAAAUGGUGGUCAGUGCCAGGCUGUUCCUCCUUUAGCACCUCUGACACUACAGACCUCCAGCCCAUGGGACCUACAGUGUGGUACAACCAGGACUUCCAUCCAAACCAUCUGUGGGUGAGAUGCAGGAUUACACAUGAACCUGAGGAGGUAGGUCCUUCCACUUAGCUGGCACAGCCCCCAGAUUCUCCCUCAAAAUGAUCUGCUCCUGCUGUUCUGUAUUGUAUU